AUGUCCUCCGUUGGCACUCUCUGGACUAUUCCUCAACAGCCUAACGGCAAGCGUAUUCGUGCGGUGGCUGCGUUUGCCGGACUCUCCCUCGAACUGCCUGCCCACUACACGCACUUCGAGGAUAACAAAAAGCCCGAAUUCCUCUCCAAGUUCCCUCUCGGCAAAAUACCCGCCCUUGAGGCCGCCGAUGGCUUCAAGCUCACUGAAACCUCUGCCAUCGCCCGCUAUGUUGCCGGACUGGCACCAAACUCUACCCUCCUCGGGUCUGACCUCAAGGAGGCUGCUUUGAUUGAUCAGUGGGUCUCACUCACCGAUUCCGAGAUUGCUGCGCCUGGCAACAUCAUCAACCGCCUCGUCAACGGCAGAAUCGUCCCGUACAACAAGCCCAUCCACACUGCCAUGCUUGAGCAUCAGUUGCGCGCCCUCAAAGUCGUCGAGCAGCAUCUAGCGACGCACACUUUUCUCGUUACUGAGCGCAUCACGCUCGCCGAUAUCACCCUUGCAUCCGUGAUCCAGCGCUGUGUCGAACUCACGUUUGACGCUGCUGUGCGCGCAGAACAUCCCAGCGUUAUCCGCCACCUCGAGACCAUCGUCAACCAGCCAAAGCUGAAGGAGAUCUUCGGGGAGACUACGUACGUCGAGAAGGCGGUGCAGUACACUCCGCCUGCGAAAGAGAAGAAGGAGCCGAAACCUGCCGCCGCUCCUGCACCGAAAGCUCCAAAGGCAGAGAAGAAGCCAAAAAAGGAGGAAGAGGAUGACGAGGACGACGACCUCGUGCCGAAGGAAGAGCCCAAGCCGAAGAACCCCCUCGACUUCCUCCCCAAAUCGACGUUCAACCUCGAGGACUGGAAACGCGCGUACUCCAACAAGGACACGCGCGGAGCGGGCGGCUCAUUGGAGUGGUUCUACGAGAACUUCGACCCCGCGGGAUUCUCGAUCUGGCGGGUGGACUUCAAGUACAAUAACGAACUGACGCAGACGUUCAUGUCGUCGAACCUGAUUGGCGGUUUCUUCAACCGGCUAGAGGCAUCGCGCAAGUACCUCUUCGGCUCGAUGGGCGUGCUAGGGCACACGAACGACUCUAUCAUCACCGGCGUGGUGAUCUUACGCGGGCCGGAUGUCAAGCCUGUGGUCGAGGUCGCCCCCGAUUGGGAAUCGUAUGUAUACGAGCCCAUCGACCUGAAGGACGAGAAGCAGAAGGCGUUCUUCGAGAGUGCGCUCGCGUGGGAUCUGGAGGUCGACGGGAAGAAGUGGGUUGACGGCAAGAACUUCAAGUAA